AUGUCAACUGAACUUCUGGAUUUCAAGUAUCGUGAGGUUACAGUGCUACGAUUCGUUCUUAAACAUCUUCGUCAGCGCCGUUUUCUCACGCCUUUCAACGAUGUGCUCUCUCGAUCCGAUCUCGAGCUCGAACAUCCUCUAGUGACUCAGCUCUACGACAGCAUCGUGAUCAAGGGUGACUGGUCUCGGGCGGAAGAGGCUCUCCUUCCUGCCGCAUCUUCUGGACUUUUUGAUUCCUAUCGUUAUGCUCGUGCGCCACACGCCCAUUGGACCCAACUCCACGCACUCGACGCUGAUGGCUCUGAGCCUAGUCGUCGAGGCGGACACGCGAUGUGCAUAGAUGAGCAGAAUGGCCUCAUUUAUCUGUUUGGCGGAUGGGAUGGGCAGCGCAACAUGGAUGAUUUUUGGGUCUACAACGUACAUCAUGACACAUGGAAGUGCCUUAGUGCUGCAACGUCCCGUGACGAGAAUGGCCCGAGCCCGCGGGCGUGCCAUAAAAUGGUCUUCAAUAGCAAGACUGGUUCAAUAUACUUGCUUGGAAGACUGGGAGAUGGUGACUCAGCGGAUUCAGCGGACACAAGGGAUGGGAACGUAGGUUCGCCAAGGCCCACUAGCCCAGGUCGAAAUCACGAAAGGCCUACUGAUCCGCCACGAGCACGGGAUGUUACACCUCUACCCUGGCUAACAUAUCGUUCUGAGUUCUAUCGCUACGAUACUCGGGGCGUACAAGCGGGGAAAUGGACCUUACUGUCCACCGACACUUCGGUUGUUGAUGGGCCAUCUUUGAUAUUCGACCACCAGAUGGUCAUCGAAUGUGAGGCCCAAGUUAUAUGGGUGUCAGGUGGUCGUGUAGUCGAUGGUGAAUGGGAGAUAUGCAAAUAUUCGGGACUAUAUUCAUAUGACAUCCGCACUGGAUUGUGGCAGGCUCAUAUGUCAGGCUCAAACAAUGUUGAUCAAACUGCUUCAUCUCGAUUUGGCCAUUCAAUGUUGCUCGAACCCAUCUCUCGUACUCUGAUCAUAUUCGCUGGGCAGCGAGACGACAAAUAUCUCUCAGAUAUGUAUGCCUAUCAUAUUCCUUCAGGUACUAUGACCAGCCUCUUCUCCAAUUUCUCAGCUAUUGGAGGGCCCGAUGCUUGCUUCACACAAAGGGCCGCCAUCGAUCCCGAAUUGCACGAGAUCUACGUAUUUUCUGGCCUAUCUCGUAAUCGUUCUGGGAUGACAGUCUUGGAGAGCGAUGCGCCAAGCUGGGUGUACCGAUUUGAUCGACCAGACCGACCGGGAAAAUGGAGUAAAAUUCUCUUAGGUGAUUCUCCUGCCGCAUCGUCAUCUCACCCACCAGAUCGGAUGGCUCCUUCGCCGCGUUACGCACACCAGGUUGUGUAUGACUCUAUCAACAAAAUCAUAUACAUGCACGGUGGUAACUCAGGGAUCGUACGAGAUGGAAAUGAUGAUCAUGCAUCAUUCCGCGAUGCAGCCAGGGAACGGCCUCUGGAGGGACCAGAUGCAACCAAGGAGGAUCGUCUUGAUGACUUCUGGAACAUGCACUUGCAGCGGUAUGUUGUCGAUCUGUCGUAUCGAAAACUAGGUUACAAAGCUCGCUUUGGAUCCAGGCCUUUGGCGGAAGACAUCGUGCGCAGGGCAAGAUAUGACAUAAGGCAGCAACAAUUUCGCGAGAUGUGCGAGGACGCUCCCGCGGUUCAAGCACUCGCUUUCUUGCAAACAAAAGUGUCUGAAGUCGUGAACCAUUCAGAUUCAGAUGAGGCACAUAUAUUCCGCUCUCUCCUUUCCCAUCUCUUAGCUUCUACCAAACCGAUGGCACCAUCCAGUACAAGCCAGAGGCAUGCUGGGAUAUUGUCAUCUGAUCACGACCUAGCAUCGUCUGCAAAGACAGGUAGAGAUAUGUUGGCGGAUGCGCUACAAUCGGAAGACGAAGAAAUGGAGGAUCGCACCGGCGAGACGCAAGGAGGUUUGGAAUCGCAACCUGUAAUCCGCUUAGAAGAGGACCCAGCGGAGACACUAUCUGUCGGCGUACCGCCAUCAGCGGAGAGAUUCAAGCAGAGGACAGAAGUAUUCGAGAAGCUCAUGGUUUUCGUGAAGGAAGAUGCGAAGCAGCCUGAUCGAAACUUGCUAGACUUGAUCAACACAGAUGAAUAUGAAUGA